UAAAACUACAACCGCGUUUCCUGUUUCCAAUAACCCUUCGUUAAAUCCUCUGGUUAGACCCUAGCCGUACUUCCUCUUUCUCUUCUAUUCUCUUUGUUUCCCUGAAAAUAUUUAGAAAAAACCCAGAUUCAAUUUAAAUAAGCAUUGGAAUCUUAUUUAUUCAAUCAUUUUCCUGUUUCAAAAAGAGGAGAUAGUAAUAAAGAGAUAAGGAUGCAGCAAAAUAGUGGUUCCGAUUCGCAAGCGCCGGCGCAACCUUCGCAAGAACACAACCAACGCCAACAACAACCGCCACAAUCACAUCCGCAGUGGUUGGCGAUGCAGUAUCCGGCGACAGCUAUGGUAAUGCAGCAUCAGAUGAUGCAACCGCCCCAUUUCGUUUCGCCGCCACCUCCACCUCAGCACUACAUGCCAUAUCACCCUCGUAACCAUCAGUUCCAGCACCACCAUGGAAACGCGCAACAGGCGCAGCAGCAGCAGCAAGGAUCCAACGGUGGCGGAGAGAACAAAACCAUUUGGGUUGGUGAUUUGCAUCAUUGGAUGGACGAAAACUACCUUCAUACUUGUUUUGCUUCUUCCGGCGAGAUUUCAUCCAUCAAGGUCAUCCGCAAUAAGCAGACUGGUCUAUCAGAAGGAUAUGGAUUUGUGGAAUUUUUUUCUCAUGCUACAGCAGAGAAAGUUCUCCAAAACUAUAGUGUCAUUUUGAUGCCUAAUAUGGAUCAACCUUUCCGUCUGAACUGGGCAACUUUUAGCACAGGAGACAAGCGCUCUGAGAAUGGUCCUGAUCUUUCCAUUUUUGUAGGAGAUUUAGCUGCAGAUGUUACUGAUAGACUAUUGCAUGAAACUUUUGUUAGUAAAUAUCCUUCUGUCAAAGUAGCAAAAGUCGUUAUCGAUGCUAAUACUGGUCGAUCUAAAGGUUAUGGCUUUGUGAGGUUUGGGGAUGAUACAGAGAGGUCUAAUGCCAUGACUGAAAUGAAUGGUGUAUAUUGUUCAAGCAGGCCUAUGCGUAUUGGUGCUGCAACUCCUAGGAAAUCCUCUGGGUAUCAGCAACAGUAUUCUUCACAAGGUGGCUAUGCGUCAAAUGGUGCUUCAACCCAAUCUGAUGGAGAUUCUUCAAAUACAACCAUAUUUGUUGGAGGGCUUGACCCUAAUGUGACUGAGGAAGAUCUCAGGCAACCUUUCUCCCAGUAUGGUGAAAUAGUCUCUGUUAAAAUACCUGUUGGAAAAGGAUGUGGGUUUGUACAAUUUGCCAGCAGGAACAAUGCUGAGGAGGCAUUGCAGAAGUUGAAUGGGACUAUAAUUGGGAAGCAAACAGUGCGACUCUCUUGGGGCCACAAUCCAGCAAAUAAGCAGUUUAAAGCGGAUUAUGGUAACCAGUGGGGCGGAGCUUACUAUGGAGGAGCUGCGUAUGAUGGUUAUGGAUAUGCUUUGCUAUCACCUCACAACCCGGGCAUUUAUGCAGAAGCAUAUGGGGCGUAUCCAUUCUAUGGCAGUUACCAGCAGCAAGUGAACUGAAAUAGCAAUAGCAACAGCAGAAAGAGAAGUAGCUCUGUUAAGCAGACAACUCACGCUAGAGAGGCGUAGGUCUCUUGGUUGUGUAGAAUUCUUAUAUAAAUCCGUUCAGACGUGGAGUGGAACUGAAUUUUGACCCCUUAAGUAGGAUAUUUUAGGGUUUGGAUUCAUUAUUUGUUUGAUUUUCUACGACUUAAAAAGGGAAACUUGGUAUACAACUUGGCUGUGGCGUGCUUCAUGAAUAAAUGCCAACUAUGGCUACCGGUCGAUCAGUCCGACUGUAAGGUUAGCCUGAGUUUAAUAAAUAUGACUGUGUUGUUGAACUUGGAUUGCGUUUCA